AUGGUGCAGCCAGGACACGUACGGUGGGCACAGGCUGCUACACGGCCAUCCAGGCGCACCCGCGCCCUCCCCGCACACAAGGAACUCGCCUACCGCCAGCACGCCCACCUCCUCACCUCGAACGACGUCGUCCUCUUCCUCCGCCCGGGCGAGUUCGACGCACACGAGUGGAGCACCCUCCGAGCGCAGCUCAGCGCACUCUCCGCCAACCCCGCCGACGCAUCUGUCCCCCCGCUCAAACUCACCGUCCUCCGACCCGGUCUCCUCUCCCCUCUCGUCCGCGCCGCCCAGCCACGGGAUCCCAAAGCGAAGAAGCCGAAGCAUCAGCAACAGAGUGCGCAGCUGUCCGACGCGGCGCGCCAGGCUCUCGCUACCCUCGAUUUCUCACUCGUCAACGACGGCUCGCACACUUGCGGACCCAUCGCAGUCGUCACCUCUCCCUCCCUGCAUCCUCCAACACUCUCAAAAGUCCUCGCCCUCGUAAACAAGUUCUCCAAGACUCCCAGCCCGAACCAGCCCCCGCCAGGACCGAAGGAUCCCCCCCUCGAGCGACUGGCGAUCCUCUCGUCCCUCGUCGAGCGCCAGGCAGCGACUCUCGAACGCACAAAGGAGGUCGGCAAGUUGCCCAGCCUCGACACGCUGCGCGCGCAGCUCAUCGGAUUGCUCUCGGCGCCUGGGUCGAGGAUCACGGGCGUCGUCGGCGCGAGGGCGCAGGAAAUCGGUCGCGCACUCGAGGGCUUCAAGCUGGGUCUCGAGGAGCAGGGCAAGCCCAAGGCGGACGCAGAGGCGUCCGCGUGA